AUGCCAUCCACCCUCACUUUCAUCCACUUCCAUCCAUCCACCCUCACUUUCUCAACAGCUCAUGUCCAGGCUGCCUGUCCCCAAGGCUGGACGCUUUUCAACAAUCGGUGCUUCAAACUGGUGACAAAGCCUGAUACUUUUCAUAGGGCUCAGGGAGUGUGUGAGGUCGAAAAUUCCCACCUGGCCUCUGUGCACAGUGCGGCCGAGUUGGACUUUCUGAAGAACGUAGUCCGAGCGUCCGGAGUGUACCAACAAGGCGCCUGGCUCGGAGGAUCAGACGACGGCUCAGAGGGUACCUGGUACUGGAUCGAUGGAUCGCCGUUUGAUUUUGCUGACUGGGCGCAAGGUCAACCAGACAACUUUGGUGUUGAGGAUUGUCUCAUGAUGACACCAUAUGAUAAGCUGCGCUGGAAGGACCUGCGAUGUGGCUUCACGAUGCCCUUCAUCUGUUCCAAGAGGUCGCGCAGGCCACAGAUGACUGAUUUCAUCUCUUGCUCACCGUAGAAGGGAUGCUGUGGCCACAGCUGUUCACCUUGCUUUAGCUGAAGCAUUUGCCUUGUUAUGCAAAAUGACAACUGUGUGUGUGAGGAAUCUGUGGCCUUUUGA